AUGGAGAUGUGGCGUGUCGUUUUGGUGCUUGCUUUGUCAUCAGCGCUACUGCAUGCAACUAGUGCACGCAAGGUGCCUGGUGAUGAUGGUCAUGGCAGCACAACUGAGCAUACAAUGGUUGUGCAUGCAAGUGCACCAGCGGCAGAGUCACCUACUGGCCUUCGUGACAAGAAGUGCAUCUUUGGCGGCGUUGGCGGGUUUGCAGGGAUGGGAGGGUUUGCUGGAGUUGGCGGGGUGAUGCCGGUUCUUGGUGGAAUUGGUGGAGGUAUUGGGAAAGUUGUUGGAAUUGGUGGAGGGAUUGGGAAAGUUGGUGGAAUAGGAGGAGUAGGAGGUAUUGGCGGUGGUGGUCUUGGUGGAGUUGGCGGAUUAGGCGGUGCUGGUGGCGCUGGUGGUCUUGGUGGUGUUGGAGGUGGCGUUGGUGGUGCAGCUGGCGGUGGCGUUGGUGGUGGAGCUGGUGCCCUUCUUCCACAUCCUUGAUCAUUUGUCUAGGGUUUCAUGACUUUGCGUGCAUGCAUAGCUAGCUA